UAUGAGACUGGACUAACCUUAGCUCUCCACCCAGCAGAUGACAAGGAGAGAAGGCUUUUGACUCCCUUCCAUUCAAUCUCUGCGUCUCUCCCCUAUCAUUUCUAUCUCUGAAACUCCAAAUUUUCCCAAAUCUGAAGUCACCCACCAUAGAUCCUCCCAAACCCAGAAACACAGCCAACAAACAUGGACAACGGCAGCAACUUCAGGUGGGUUUUGAGCCUGCUGACGACUCUCUGUCUCCUCUCUCUCCCCGCCACCACCGCUCUCUCUCAAUCCUCCAACGUCUCCUCAUGUCCCAUGGACUUCAACUUCGUUCUCAGAAUCCCAUGGAACUCCUCAAAUUGCCACAACUUCAUCUCACAGGGCAGCCCCAGCGACAACAGCAAAACCCCAUGUUGCACUACUCUCCUCAGCCUCUUUGCAGUCGCACUCGCUCAACACCUCAAAGAGACCUCCCUCUUUCGGCUCCCGGAUGUCUCCACCUCCCAAUCCUGUAUCCUCGAUUUUCAAUCCAAGCUCACCUCUCUUCUCCUGCCCAACAACCUCGCCUCCUCUUGCUUUAAUCCUCAGCGGUUCGUGAUUGGACCCAACAUAUGUGCCGGUGUGCAGAACAUCUCCGACUGGGUGGCGAAGCUCGGCCGCUCCACCGCCCUCGACGGCAACUGCCGGGCGGAUCUCAGUGUCCUGACGGCAUGCGACGCCUGUGUGAAAGCUGGGUUCCAGGUGCAAUCCAAGUUGAUUCAGAUUGAUGGUAACGAGUCUCAUAGUAAAGAUUGCUUUUAUUUCACGAUUUUGUAUGCCGCUGGCGUUGUGAAUGAAGCUGGGCCUGAGAGUAAUGGUGCAAUGUCGUGUGUACUGGCAGUACCUUUGGAUUCUCAUGUGGGGUCUGCGAGUAAGAGCCAUUCGGCUCUGGUUUUUGGGUUGACAGGGGUGGGUGUUGCUGUAUUGGUGAUGUCCUGCUUGUUGGGGCUGUACUUUUGGUGGGAGAGAAAGUGGGGGACGAAGAGUAAGCGGAGUGAUUCAGGGUUUUUCGGAGUGGAUUUGGAGGAUUUGGGAGGGUCUAGGCCGCGGGUUAGGCCGAAUACUGGCUCAAUCUGGUUCAAAAUUCCGGACCUUGAGAGGGCGACCGACAAUUUUUCGCAGAAGAAUUUCAUUGGGCGAGGGGGGUGUGGUCUUGUUUACAAGGGGACUUUAGCAGAUGGGAGCAAUGUUGCAGUCAAGAAGAUUAUAGAGUCCGAUAUUCAGGUUGAUGCAGACUUUUGUAAUGAGAUUGAGAUCAUUAGCAAUUUGAAGCAUAGGAAUCUGGUUCCCCUCAGAGGGUGUUGUGUGGUUGAUGGAGAUGAGAGUUAUGAUGACAGGGCAAGCCAGAGGUACCUUGUUUAUGAUUACAUGCCAAAUGGGAAUCUUGAUGACCAUUUGUUUUCGAAAUGGGAGAAUGGGAAUGGGAAUGGAAUGGGAAAGAAGCCAUUGACAUGGCCUCAGAGGAAGAGCAUAAUCUUGGAUGUGGCAAAGGGGCUUGCUUAUCUUCACUAUGGAGUGAAACCCGCGAUAUAUCAUCGAGAUAUUAAGGCCACAAACAUACUGUUGGAUGCAGAUAUGAGAGCAAGAGUGGCUGAUUUUGGGCUAGCAAAACAGAGCAGGGAAGGGCAGUCUCAUCUCACUACUAGAGUGGCCGGUACUCAUGGGUACCUAGCCCCAGAGUAUGCGCUUUAUGGACAGCUGACUGAGAAGAGCGAUGUUUAUAGCUUUGGGGUGGUUGUUUUGGAGAUAAUGUGUGGGAGAAAAGCUCUUGAUUUGUCAUCACGAUCGCCGGGGGCAUUUUUGAUAACUGAUUGGGCUUGGUCAAUGGUGAAAGCUGGGAAAAUAGAAGAGGCUUUAGAUGCUUCUUUGUUGAAAGAUGAGGAUUCAUCAAAUUCGAACCCAAAGGUGAUAAUGGAGAGAUUUUUGCUGGUUGGGAUUUUGUGUGCUCAUGUUAUGGUGGCUCUCAGGCCUACCAUUUCAGAUGCACUGAAAAUGCUUGAAGGCGAUGUUGAGGUUCCUGCCAUUCCCGAUAGGCCAGUGCCUCUUGGGCACCCUUCGUUUUUCACUGAUGGGAAUACGUUUUCCAUAUCACCAGCAUUGAGCGGACCUCAAUUACACUCAGGAGACAUGCUCAGGUAAUCAAGAAUGUUUAUAAUGUAUAGUCUCUUCACCCAAAAGGCUACAUGGAUUGAACUCCCUCAGUUGAUUCAUGGAACGUUGUUGAGAAGAUGAGACCAUUGAAGAAGGCUCGGAGAUUGAUGUCCACAAAUGAAUAUAUCAAAGAUUUAUAUGAGCAGAUGGUAUUUUAUUUUUUAAAUCAUCUGAUGCACAGCACUGAGCAUGGAGCUUAGUUUGCUUUCCUAUAAGCAAGGAUGAAAAUGUGUUUAACAAAUAUAUCCGAAAUAUCGGAAAAAUACUAGUGGAUAUUUGGUCAAAUAUCCACUAUCUCUUCUUUUAUAAUGGAAUUGACACAAGGUUUAAUAGUUUA